UCUAAUUGACGUCAAAUAUUUCAAGCCAGUUAAACUCUGCAUGUUUUAGUUGAUAGAAAAGAUUCAAAGUCAGAUGAUCUUAUAGCAUUUCAGUGUUUUUCUUUGAAGUCAAAUGGUUGCCUUACGUCAAGUUCUUUCAUUCCUGUUCUUGGUUGGUUGGUUUUCAUGUGGUCUAGCUAAAGAUGCCCUGUGCGAUGCUUCCCUAACUAUUCCGACGGGAAAAUGCUGCAACAGGGAGUAUGCCCGGUAUUGUUGUUCCGGCAUACCCGUGUGUGCUGACGGGGGAAACGCCACCGUGGAGAAAGUAGUUUUCAAAACUAACCCCUGUUCAACACCGUGGAAUCUUAGCGCGUGCAUUGGCGGGUAUUAUUCAAAAACUGGUUCAGAUAUUCUGCCGUGUCCUUCAGGUUAUUUUUGUGAGGAAAACAGCGUGUGUCUGAAGCCGUGUCCGAUGGGCGCGUAUUGUAUUCAAAACGUUCUCGCAAAGAACAAAACAUCAUGUUCAGGAUUUGAGAAAUGUUGUCUUCCUUCAGGAUUCGCACCUAUUUUCAAUGAAUAUACAAACUCGCUGACCUGCCCUGGUCAGUUUUACCCCGAACGAUGCCUCACAGGUAGCUACUGUCCAAAUACUACGACCCAGCUGACCUGUCCUGCUGGGUAUUUCUGCCGGCAGGGAAGUCAAUACCCGGUUAAAUGCAUGGCUUUGUCCUCGUGCGAUGAAGGAGGCAGUUCACCCAACACGCUGGUUGUCGGACUUAUCAUCAACGCUUGUCUUCUGAUAUCGUUUCUCCUUCUUUUGUUCUACUUCAACAACCGACGAGCGUUUCACUUCUACGUUGAUCUCCACAUACGGCGGUUGCGAGGGAACCGCAAACCGAGCCAGAAGUACAACCUGAAAGACGGUAUGCGGUUGGCCAUGCAGCGCCUGGAUAAGUGUAAUUGUCCCGGUGAUUUUGAGAAAAAUGUCGUCAAAAAGGACAGCUAUAACAUCAGUUUUGAGAAAUUGAGUUUAACUUUGACAACGGGUGAAAACAAGGGAAAAGUUUUGUUACAAGGAGUCACUGGCGAAAUAAGAGCUGGCGAGGUUACCGCUGUCCUGGGUCCUUCUGGCGCAGGGAAAACAACAUUUUUAAAUGCCCUAUGUGGCAAAGCUUAUUAUGGUGAUGCCGGUGGAACAAUACGAAUUAACGGAAAGAAGGUGUCUGGUAUACAAGAUUAUAAAGGUUUAACGGGAUUUGUGCCACAGGAUGACAUCAUGCAUCGUUCUCUAACUCCGGGGGAGGUCUUCUACUACAACGCUGUGCUACGGUUGCCACCGUCUUCUGAUCCUAAUCGCUAUAAGAGUGUCGUGAAACAGACGCUAACACUCCUGGGCCUCAAACACGUUGCAAACACACAAAUUGGAGACGAGGAAACUCGCGGUAUUUCAGGAGGACAGAGAAGACGUGUGAACAUUGGUAUGGAAUUAGUGGCUGAUCCAACCAUUUUGUUUCUUGAUGAACCAACCACAGGUUUGGACAGUUCAUCCAGUUUGUCUGUCGUGCAGUCGUUAAAUUGGGUGGCUUCAAAGACUAAUAUGACGAUAUGUUGCGUGAUUCAUCAACCACGAUUUGAGAUUUUAAAAAUGUUCGACAGAGUUUUAUUUCUUGGGCAAGGCGGGAAAACUGUCUUUUCUGGGCCGGUGGAAGAAGCUGAAACGUAUUUUUCUAAAAUUGGUUUUCCUUUGCCACCCUACGUGAAUCCUGCCGACUUUUACAUGGACGUCAUCGCUGGAGCGGUGAAAAAUGAGAGAAAUGUUUACAUUAACCUAUUCGAAGAAUGGGAGAAACACAAUCACAUGGUUGUUGAAGACAUUGUCUCUGAAGUUGAGGAGUUGGACGCAGAAGAAAAAACGAAAGAAGAAGGGGCGCUUAAUGUGGAUCACAAUGAAGAUGAUUCAAAGAACAUGGGAGCAAAUGGCGUGGAUGGAAACAACAGCACGGCUGGCCAAAUUCAAAGUACUCCCUUGAACAACAACAUGUCUGCCUCCAGACCAAGCAGUCAAAUUCUUAUCAAUGUAAAAGAAGCAAGCAGGACUUCUGAUUCCACCGAAAAUAAUGUGGUUGAUAUUGAACAAUCACCUCGUCAAUCUUCCAUACAAGACAGCGAGUCAGAACCUAUAGCAAAACCUAAAUUCAUUCGACCAGGGUUCUUCACCCAACUUCUGGUGUUUAUUAGACGGGAGUUAGUGCUUCAAAUGCGCAUGUCCAAAACGUUAUUGAUAGAUCAAGCUUUGACAAUGAUGGCUGGUGCUGUACUGGGUCUUCUGUUCCGCGAGGUUGAAAUACACAAUGUGCCUGAAUCUACUGUAUUUGGGAACAUAGCUGUGGGUCUAGUCGGCGUUGUUGCCGCUUUACGUCGUUUUGGCCAACAUAGAAUUGUUUUUUGGAGAGAGAGUGCUGCUGGAAUAAAUCGUGUUAGUUACUUUUGUGCUGUCAACCUGGCCUACAUUCCUGUCUUGUUGAUAUCGCCAGCCGUUUAUCUCAGCAUCUACUACAGCAUCGCUGCUUUCUUAGGGCCAUUUGCACUGCAUUACGCAGUAUUUCUUUGUGCUUGGUAUUAUCUUUCUGGUCUGGGAUACACAAUGUCUCUGAUGAUGACGCCAAGAAACUCUCAGAUGGCUGCCAUUGUUACCGUUGUCAUAAUGGCUUUGCUAUCAGGUGGCUCUCCCGAGCUGUGUAAGUUAGACGACACGUUCAUAGCGACAGCCUUCUACAACUUAUCGUUCUCGAGAUGGGUUGCCGAGGCGAUAUUUGAGAUCGAAGCAGCUGAAAAUUCCGAAGUUCUGAGUGACAUCAUCAGCCGGGUUCAGAUGGACAAUCACUAUGACCUGAACAGCUACAAUAUAUGCAUCGGGGCUCUGCUCGCUCUGGGGACUGGGUUCAGAUUAAUCGCUCUUUUACUGCUUCUAUUCACCAAGAGAGGGCACCAAAAGUAGGAGAUUGGUAACGAGGCUUUUCACACCGAAGGUAAAUUCAUAAUAUUGAAUGUGGAUUUUAAAACAGGGCCCUGCAGAAGUAGCAAAUCGGCAGGGGUGCAUUUAAACAUCUCAUUUAGACAGCUCAUUGCUGCAAUGCACUGACCGAUAGACCCUUCUUAGAACGAGGGCCUUAGAUAAUACAAUUAUGCUAAAUUAUUUAACAAUGCCGGGAAAGGCGACUGUGUCGUUAAAACUUCUGAAGCUUUUAAAUAACCUCAGCAGAUCGCCCGAAGUGCGAAUUUUAUAUCUUUUGUGAGAAAUUCUAAUUUUCUCAGGUUUUUCCCCUGUCUGACUAAUAUUUAAGUGAACCGAAAUGAUAUCUCAUAUUAUAACCAUGAACAUAAUUUUUACUGUACAUAUUUUACGCUGUAAAUAAAUUAUCUACUCAUUUCCAAUUUUCAUAUAUAAAUUGAAAUUUAAUAUCACUUUAUAUACUGUACAGUGACGUAACCAGCCUGACGAUUUCGUCAUACUGUGCAAAUUUUAUGUUAUUAUCAUUAUUCAUUUCUUUAAAAAUUCAUUGU